UAGGUUUUGUAUUGGGUGGUCUUUCCCCAAUGAUCAUUUCACAAGCACCAGACAGAUUCCAUAUACUUAAGGCCAUUGGUGAACUAUCUCCAAUGGAGCUGUUGCAGUCGAUGAAUAAUGAAAACCCAACAGAUUAUGCUGCACUAUUUGUUGAGAAACAUAUUACAGGUCAAACCAUUGAACUUAAUGAUUUAUUAAACAUGGGAACCCUCACCAAUUUUUUGAAAGUCAGUGACAUUAACAAAAUUCAGCCUAAAGCCUUCAAAUUGUUUUUAGAAGUUGUUCCACAGGAAAAUAAAGUUUUGUGCACCUCCUCCAUUGCAAUGGAAGCUUGGUGCAAUCUAAUAAAUGAAACAUUUGGAGCACCAAGACUGUGGAGCAGUAGUAGUUUGGCAUCUAUGGGCGAUUUACUCAUAGUAUGUCCCCACACAUUUUUGCUAGAUGUUCCUGAAGCAAGCUGGUUCAAUGCCAUAGAUGUACUGACAAAUACAACAUAUUACCAUAAAAAGGGAAAAUUUCUGGGUGAAACGUCACAUUUAUCUUUCAUUCAGAUGUGUCUGAAGUUCUUAGAGGCUACUGAUCAUGGAAACUACCUUAAAUCUGUAAAAGAACUGAUGCAUUUGUACUUAAUAGCUACACAAGAAGUCCUAGAUAAAAUUAUUCCUGCUGCUGACAUUGUGCAUGCCAAUAAAGCAGCAAAUACAACUGAGUCACACAAUGUAAAGUUCCAUAGUGUGUUUGGAAGAGUAAAUGAACAGCUGACAAAAAUUGAAGUGCUGAACAUGGAUGAACAUAAUCGAACCAAAAGAGAACUAGGAUCCUCUGUGGCAGCUUCAUCUAAAAUUUUUAAUCCACAAAAUGAGCCUGGUAACAGUUUGAGAGCAGCUGUAAUGAACAAUGCUCAUGAAACAACUGAAGACUCAAAGGUAAAGGAACUCGGCAGCUCACCUAUAAUAGAGCAGAGCAAUGUGGAGGAUGAAGAUUCUCUUUCUGCUACAGAUUUACAGAAAGUAAAUAUUGUUAGCAAUCUUACAUGUGAUGCUAUAAAAGCAAGUGGAAUUGGUGCUUACCUUGGCCUAAAGGAGGAAGAUAUAGAAAAUAUGGUUAAUGAUGAAACUGAAGAAUGUCUUGACAUUUUUGGUGCUCUAGACCUUGGACAAAGGGCACAAAAGCUUGUGUGGAACACGCUUGGCAAGGCCUUUCUCCUGACAAAUUUACUGGAUCUUGGCCACCUAGUGAAAGUAAUGGGAAUGAAUGAUAUAAAUGAAGUGAAAUUAAAUAACAAGAGAUUCUACAUGGAAACAAUAGCAGCAUUAGGUGAAGAAAUAGAAGAUCCAAAAUUGAUCAGAAUUUUAGCAACCAAGUGGUUAAUUGACAAUCUGAAUAAGACCUUACCAACAGAAGCAGUUGGAGCUUUGGGAAACAUUAUUUGCGGUUUACCAACGCCCACUAUCACAGACUUACUUAGUAAGAACAGAGCCUUUGCUAAACUUUUACCUGUAUUGAGAAACAUAAAGGGGUGUCCAAUGAUGUGCUUGCAGGAUCUUGCAGCAAUAGCUGUAAGAAAUUAUGGAGAUCCAAGCACAUGGAGUUCAGAAGACAUUUCUGCUUUAGGGGUUAUAAUGGCAGGAUUGAAUACCAGACAUUGGAAAUCGCUGAAAGGAACUCGGGGUAACCAUCCCCUCUGUGGCUUGACUCCUCGUGCUGUGCAAUGCUUACCUCUGAAUGUGAUUAAGGAUCUUACAGUUGAACAAGUGGCAUCCCUGCUUCCAAGUGCUGUUUCAGUGAGUGAAGACAAAUUCUCUGUGCUGCCGGAACAACAGAAAGAAAUACUAAAAAAAACAUUGAGACGUCAAGAGAGAGAUUUAAUUAAUAAAUCAGUGUGUAAUUUGGUUUUAAGCAUACAAACAGUCAUUAUGUUAAAUAUUUUAUGGUUUCAUUUAAUCUUUUAG